GAAAAGGAGGGAAGACGGUGUACUUACAGACCGAGCAUAUUUGUACUUUGACAGAGCGCUACAUCGUGGGCGGCAGUAAAGCAACGAGGCAGAGAACGAGGUGAUAGAGCUGAUGAGCUGUCGUGACAAGGAAAGCAGCACGACUCCUGUAUCACAGAUGUCGUCAAACUCCGUGGGUCCAAGUAACCAGAAGGAGGUCGCUCACCGGUGUAGCCGCUGCCUUAGGAGUAUAUAUGUGACGACUAUGCGGAGACAUUACGAAAGCAGCAAAGAAAUACCACGACUCGGUGUCACUCGGAUGAAGCGUGCACAAGCGGAUGUGGGGUAUGCGACUUCUUGGACUAAAUGUAUGUUGCUAAGAGACGAUAUAUAUCUUCCCGUAAAGAACGUCUAUGAUUGUUUCAGCAACUUGCACAGGAAAAACUCUUCGACACACCUGAUAUGCACGUGACGUAAAAACAAACGAAUGAAUGAAUGUAAGGAUGCAAU